AUUUAUUUGAUAUUUUGACCACAGAGGGAGGGAGAGAGAGAGAGCGAGAGAGUGGUCUUCAACCUGAGAGGCCUCCCUUCCCGGCAAAGAAACCAUACAAGCCGUUACUAGGUAGAGCCUUAGAGGUAAUAGACCGGCGGUCCUUGUCCCUAGAACCACCGGAACGCCGCCGCCGCAGCCGCCACCGCCUCUGCCUCUGCCUCUGCCUCCAUCACCACCUCCUCCUCCUCCUCCUCCUCCUGCUCCUUUGUGCCCAGAGAUUUUUUUGGCUGUUGUUUUCCAAAAACAAAAUAUGCAGCAACCCAAAACCCAAGAUUUAGCUCCAGCUCUGAACUUCUUCCCCACCCUCAGACCCCCCCACAAAACCCUACUCUUCCACCAGAUCUCCGUCCUCCUCCUCACCUUCUCUGCAUACGCCUCCUUCCAUGCCUCCCGCAAGCCCUCCAGCAUCGUCAAAAGUGUGCUCGGCCCCGAGCCCGACGCUUAUUCCUCAAACUCCGCCGCGCAGGAUACUGGUUGGCCUCCUUUUGACGGCCCUCGGGGACCUCAUCGCCUCGGUGAGCUCGAUCUCGCUUUUCUGGCUUCUUACUCGAUCGGAAUGUACUUCUCCGGCCACUUCGGCGACCGCAUCGAUCUUCGGAUUUUUCUCGUGUUUGGGAUGUUCGGUAGCGGUUUGCUCACCAUCGCUUUUGGUUUGGGGUAUUGGUUGAAUGUUCAUGUGCUGCUUUUCUUCUUCGGGGUUCAGAUCCUCUGCGGGUUGUUUCAGUCGAUAGGGUGGCCCUGCGUGGUCGCCAUUGUGGGGAAUUGGUUUGGGAAGUCGAAGAGAGGGUUGAUAAUGGGGGUUUGGAACUCGCAUACUUCGGUUGGGAAUGUCAUUGGUUCGAUUGUUGCGUCGUCGGUUUUGGAGUUUGGGUGGGGUUGGUCUUUCGUGUUGCCAGGGGGGUUCAUAGUCGUCGUGGGAGUUCUGGUUUUCCUGUUUCUUGUUGUUAGCCCAGAAGAUAUUGGGUUGGACCGUCCUGGGAAAGAGAGUGAGAUGAAUGUGGAAUUGGAUUCUGUGGAAAAUUCAGGGAAAGCGGAUUCGGAAGAAGCAGGACUCCUUCAGUCUGAGAAUUUGGGUCCUUCGGCUGCAAUUGGAUUCCUGGAGGCGUGGCGAUUGCCUGGUGUGGCACCAUUUGCCUUCUGUCUCUUCUUCUCAAAACUUGUGGCUUACACUUUUCUGUACUGGUUGCCCUUCUACAUAAGACACACAGCUGUUGCGGGUGUGCAUUUAUCCCACAAAACUUCUGGGAUCCUUUCAACAAUAUUUGAUGUUGGAGGAGUCUUUGGAGGAAUUUUGGCUGGAUAUGUUUCUGAUAAGAUUGAAGCUCGUGCUGUUACUUCAAUUAUAUUUUUUUUGCUAUCAAUUCCGUGCCUCAUUUUUUACCGUGUCUAUGGAAGCAUAUCUAUGCUGACGAACAUAGUGCUGAUGUUUCUUUCUGGAUUGCUUGUGAAUGGCCCAUAUUCCCUCAUUACAACUGCUGUUGCUGCUGAUCUUGGUACUCAGAGUUUGAUUAAAGGAAAUUCUCGUGCACUUGCCACUGUGAGUGCAAUUAUAGAUGGCACUGGUUCGGUUGGGGGAGCUCUUGGUCCACUUCUGGCUGGAUAUAUUUCGACUAGGGGAUGGAAUAGUGUAUUUUUUAUGCUUAUUGUUGCUGUUUUUCUUGCUGGUUUGUUCUUAAUUCGCGUUGCCAAAACUGAGAUCCAAGGGAAGUUGAAUGAAGGAAAGUAGCUUUGGGGAAAUUUCUGAAGGAUGAUUUGUGCUUGACUGUCACUUGCAUCUUAUGAGGAAGCGGCUUUUUUAAAGUAAACAGCACACUGACUGAGAACAUUUAUAAACUGUAUUAUUGUAUGUGAUUUCUGUAUCUCAUUCUUUGUACACAUAAUCUGAUUUUUUUUUAUACUACGUAAACAAAUAAUAUUCAUUUUUACCUUGCAUGGACAGCAUAGAAAAAAAUAUUUUUCUUUUUCAUUAUAA